CCUGGUAGCCUUUAUAAAGCAGGCGGUGGCCACAGCCAGCACACGUGCAUCUCGCCUAACGUAGUGCGCACGCGACUAACAUGAUUGCUAAGUUAUUCCUGUUGUGUUGCGCGUGCGCCUCGGCUUUGGCGAAGCCGGGGUACUUGGAUGGCGUCGGCUAUGCCGCGCCCGCAUAUGCCGCUCCUGCAUAUGCAGCCCCUAUCGCGCACGCUGUAGCGGCGCCGGCUUAUGCUGCAGCUCCCAUCGCCCAUGCUGUGGCUGCACCGGCGGCUUACGCGGCCCCGGCCAUCGCUCAUGCCGUCGCCGCACCCAUCGUCAAAACCGUGGCGGCAGUACGCGCCGAGCCCAUCGACCCCAACCCGGCGUACAGUUUCUCGUACGGAGUAGCUGACCCGUCCACCGGCGACCACAAAGACGCGACCGAGACGCUGCAGAACGGUGUAGUACACGGCUCCUACAGCCUCGUGGAGCCUGACGGUCACCUGCGCAAAGUCACCUACACCGCCGACAAGAUCAACGGAUUCAACGCCGUGGUUGAGAGGACUGGCGCUUCUGCCCACCCGGUGGCACCUGUGGCUGUAGCCGCCCCAGUAGCCAAGGUGAUCGCCGCGCCCGCACCCGUCGCCGUCGCGCAUGCUCCAGUUGCCUACGCUGCGCCUGCUCCCGUGGCCAUCGCCAAGUACGGACUACCUGCCGCCCACGUUGGCCACCCGUGGUAGCCCUACAUCACUACAGCCUGCUGUGUUGCUGGAUAAAAUAUGUAUUCUAACAUUCGAUUGUAGUUUAUAGAAGUACCUAGACGGGCGCUAAGUCCGCGAGCGAGCUGUAUGGACGAUAAAAUGUUUAUGAAAUGAUUUAUGGCUGAAUUACAAAGAUGUUAGUUUAAACAGAAAUCAUUUAUUAGGCCGCGGCUACAACGUAAAGACUUCAAAAUUUGUGAAAGAAAGCGUACACGUAAAUAUGUUGGUAUUAUAUAAAGUUUAGUUUAGAACGAGUAUCUCAGCAUUUGGAGUUAUGUACAGAUUAUUCAUGAGUUUAAGUAAGUGAAAUGAUUUAUGUAUCCUUCGUAAUAUAUUUAUGUAGAAAAUAUAGGGGACAGGUUUUAAUGAAGCUUUUAGCAUAAAUGCCUUUGCACUCUAGCCACAGUCUAAAAUUUAUAUUGUUAGUAUAUGGGGAAGGUGUACUUAAUUCAGCACUACAGCAGUACCGACAAUUGACCUCGCCUGUGGAACGUAUGGAAUUAUUUAUUUUAUUAUAAUGCUUUGACUGUUGCCUACGGACUUGAUCUUGACGCGUUGUAUUAUUUACGUAAAUGUAAAUAUUUUAAGUAGUUUAUAAUAAAUGCAGUUUUUGCACUUUUAUGGUA